CCCACACCACACCACACAAAAAAUGGAAACCCCCCGAGCGGCCUCCCCCUUUUUUUUUUCGGGACAAAUUCAACCAACCCGACUGGGGAUGGCGCUUAGUUCUGCGCCGCAUUCAGCUGGCCGUCAGCCACAACCCUUCUGAGCCAAAAUCGGCAGAUCGCGCCUCGCUGGGCUGAGCUAAGCGGACACCGUUCCCUGCUCCACUUUCGGGGCGGGAACGUCCAUGUUUUUGGCGUCGGCGCGGCUCGGGAGAGCCCCACCGACUCCAUCCGGCGGGUGUGGCCGCACCCCGCAGUUUCCACAACGUGGGUUCCGAGUCCACCUCGCUGCAGGUUUCAUCAUCGGCAUUGUUCUCUUUUGUCACAUGUCGUUUUCUUGCUCUUGGUUACUCUUUGUUUUUCUCUUCUUGGAUGUUUCUUCCUGCAUAUACCCCCUUUGUUGUUGUUGUUUAUUGUGUUGUAUCAACCACAAUUACGUUUUGGCAUGUACGGUGGAGAAGACGGGACGAAAGGGAUGGAAUCGGUUCAACAUCAUCGGGUCUGGGCAAGGCAUUGAUGGAUGGAUCACACGCAGGGGCGGGGGAAACGGUAUCAUUUUUUUUGGGUUGCAUCGAAUAGACCUUAGAUAGACUUUUCCUUAUCUUGUCUUGUCUUGUCUUGUCCCCACGGCAACGGCUUGCGUUUUGUACGACAAUCAACAUUGUUCUGUUAUGUAUCAUGCCGCUGGCAUUGGGCGGGUUGGAACAUGGGACUGGGAUCAUAGAUGCGACCACGACUCGCAGGAGUUGAAAUGCACUUUUGAAAGCAA